CAUCCAUCAUCAUCAUCAUCAUCGCCAUCAUCGCCAUCACCAAUUGAUGGUCGGUCUACCUCCACGCAUUCAACUCGGUUUCAUUUCAUAGACGAUAACCCCAAUAGCCAUUUCAGGCCCCGUGACUUCCAGGGUUUGUCAACAGACCAGCAAGGCAUGCCACUUUCAUCCACGCCCUUGGAUCGGUUAUUUUCUCUGGUCGAUCGCUAGCUCUCCCUGGCUGCUUACCAGACUCCCCUACUUUAGCGAUUGUCAUUGAUCCCCGGAACCACGCCACGGCAUCUAUAAUAAGUAUACGGACAGGAAGUCCUACGCAGUUGCUAUGCGACUCUUCGUCAUUCCUAUCUCGACGCGACAAGCUCUGAUCUAUGCUCGGCCCCUCCGCCACGGUGCCUCGCAAGCCCCUUCGAUACACGAGAAGAUCACGCAGAAAGCCGCAGAAACAUGGGCCAAAUGGGAAGAAGCCGAUAAGGGAUGGAAGAAACAUCUGGUCUCGUGGGGUAAUCGGGUCCAGCAACGAAUCCCAUAUCAGGAAUGGGGUCUGAAAAGCAUUCCAUCUCUCGAGUCGGCGCGACGAAUUGAUGAAUCUCACGGGACAAAGAAAGUGGACGUGCUUUUCCCCGGCAAUGCGAUCCGGCCUGAAAAGCUCCAGACGAUGCUGCAAGCGAUUGCGACCGAGAGACAGGACUUGCAUCGCCGGAGGAUGUGGUUGAGCCUCCUUGUGACUCCUCUGACCAUUCCCAUUGGGCUCAUCCCUCUUGUACCUAAUGUUCCUUUCUUCUACCUUGUGUACCGAGCAUGGUCCCACGGGCGAGCAUUGAAUGGCUCUAAGCAUCUAGAGUUCCUACUGGAGAAGGAUCUUCUCAAUCCGACAUCACACCCCGGGCUUGAAGAGCUGUAUGCGAAACGGGUCUCCUACGCACUGGAAAGCAAGGGAGUAGGCAAGCCCAUAGUGGAGAUGGUCGAAGAAGUUGAAAAGAGCGACGACCGACUACUGCUCCGUAUGAAGGAUGCGAAGAAAUUGGCCACGAUUCUCGAGGCGCCGGAUCUUGCGCUGGAAGCCGAGCGAGCCAUUAUACAGGUGGAAGAGGAACUGAAGAAGGAAACGAAGAACGAUGGUGAGGAUGUGACUUCCGACAAGAAAAGUACAUGAUUCAUGUCUCUGAUGGGGGGAGAGACCCGAGUGAGUAUGCUCAUGCGGCUUAAUGAUUGCUAGCAGUCCGGGGCCUUCCUCCGAUGUAUAAUUGUUCCUGCAGGGUUGUGGUGGUACAUAGCGUUGUAAAUGGUGCAUGUUCAUGGCGAAUAAGGCUCUGCUAGAGUGGCGAGCAACAUCUAGAUUUUUGCAGCUGACAGCAUAAUGAAACCUCCCGACGUGGUGUUUGUAUCC